UCUACUGUGUAUGUUGAAAAUGUGUGUACGUGAAACAUUCGCCGUGCUACCUUCGAAACUUUACCCCUCGAUGCAAAUGUUGCUUACGCUACCUUAUUUAGUCAUUGACAUCGGCAGCGUUACAUACCCAAUACCAUGAAUGAAAACUUAUUUUUGUAUUUAGUUUCAUAUAAUACCUCAGUAAUGUACUUAUACACACAAAAGUAACUUGAAAAAAGUUAGUGAUUCCUAUUAUAUAACUUAGUCCACAUGUCUUGGAGAAUUUUGUCUCUUGUUAAAUCUGAACCUGUAAGGGCCAGUGAGACCGCGCGGUGGCGCUGCAGGUUAAGAAGACAGAGCAUAGGAAUUGCUUCUGCAAUCGCCUUUUCAGGGCCAGUUUCUCACCACCUAGAAGCAAAAGAUAAGCUCUUCCGGCAAAGCAAAGGCGCGUGUAAACCUUAAAUAUUCGAUUUGGAGGCUUGAUUCUGACUUUCUGGACUGUGAGACAGUGCUGUUAGGAUCCUGGGCAUACGUGAAGCUACUGUGGAGCAAACAGGAAAGAGGAAAGAGCCAUGGAGACUGCGCGGAUGCACAAACUGAGACAAAGGCAAGUCCUGGCUUUCUUUGUUUUGCUGAGUGUGUCUGAGGCAGGCAGGGAGCUCGGUCCCUAUUCCAUAGAGGAAGAGAUGGAGAGGGGCUCCUUUGUGGCAAAUCUUGGGAAAGAUCUGGGAGUGGAACUGGCAGAGAUAUCCACCCGCAGGGCUCGGAUCAUUUCCCGGGAAAACAGAGAGCACCUGCAGCUCAAUGUUCAGUCUGGAGAUUUGCUCAUAAGUGAGAAGCUAGAUCGAGAGGAGCUAUGCGGCUCCACUGAGCCCUGUGUUCUGCACUUCCAAGUGUUAAUGGAAAACCCUUUGGAGGUAUUUCAGGCUGAACUGAGGGUGAAGGACAUAAAUGACCAUUCUCCAGUGUUCACUGAAAAAGAAAUGAUGCUGAGGAUACCAGAAAACAGUCCUCUGGGAACCACAUUCCCUUUAAAUAAUGCUCUGGACUCAGAUGUAGAAAUCAACAAUAUUCAGAGCUAUCAAGUCAGCUCCAACUCUCAUUUCCUGGUUGUCACCCGCAACCGCAGUGAUGGCAGGAAGUACCCAGAGCUGGUGCUGGAGAAAGAACUGGAUCGGGAGGAGGAGCCUGAGCUGAGGUUAACCCUGAUAGCCUUGGAUGGUGGCUCUCCUCCCCGGUCUGGGUUGGCGCGGGUUCUCAUUGAAGUAGUGGACAUCAACGACAAUUCUCCCGAGUUUCAGCAGUCAACUUACCAAGUGCAAAUUCCGGAGAACCUCCCUCCGGGGUCCCUGGUCGUCACAGUCUCAGCCAAUGACUUAGACAGUGGAGAUAAUGCGAAAGUACUGUACGCACUCUCUCAGCCUUCAGAAGAUAUCAGCAAGACAUUAGAAGUAAAUCCAGUAACGGGGGAAGUUCGGCUAAGAAAAGAGGUAGAUUUUGAAACAAUUCCCUCUUAUGAAGUGGAUAUCAAGGCCACGGAUGGGGGAGGUCUCUCGGGAAAAUGCACGCUGCUCCUGCAGGUGGUGGAUGUGAACGACAACCCCCCAGAAGUGAUGCUAUCUGCACUUAACAGCCCAGUUCCAGAAAACUCUCCGGAUGAGGUAGUUGCUGUUUUCAGUGUUAGAGAUGCUGACUCAGGGAACAAUGGGAAGGUGGUUUCCGCCAUCCAGGAGGACCUUCCUUUUCUUCUAAAACCUUCAGGAAAGAAGUUUUACACUUUAAUAACGAAGAGAGCGCUAGACAGGGAAGAAAAAGAGCAGUACAACAUUACCAUAACAGCCACCGACCUGGGCACACCCCGGCUCACAUCCCAGCACACCAUAACAGUGCAGGUCUCUGACGUCAACGACAACGCCCCCGCCUUCACUCAAAGCUCCUACACCCUGUUUGUCCAAGAGAACAACAGCCCUGCCCUGCACAUAGGCACCAUCAGCGCCACAGACUCAGACUCGGGCUCCAAUGCCCACAUCACCUUCUCGCUGCUGCCAACCCAGGACUCACAACUGGACCUGUCCUCGCUCAUCUCCAUCAAUAGCGACAAUGGACAGCUGUUCGCGCUUAGGGCACUGGACUAUGAGGCCCUGCAGAGCUUCGAGUUCCUCGUGGGUGCCACAGACCAAGGCUCGCCCGCUCUCAGUAGCCAGGCGCUGGUGUGCGUGCUGGUGCUGGAUGCCAACGACAACGCACCCUUCGUGCUCUACCCGCUGCAGAACGCCUCUGCGCCCUACACAGAGCUGCUGCCCAGGGCAGCGGAGCCAGGAUACCUGGUCACCAAGGUGGUAGCUGUGGACCGCGACUCGGGUCAGAAUGCCUGGCUGUCAUUCCAGCUGCUCAAGGCCACGGAGCCCGGACUGUUCAGCGUGUGGGCUCACAAUGGCGAGGUGCGCACCUCCAGGCUGCUGAGUGAACGCGAUGCGCCCAAGCACAGGCUGCUGCUGGUGGUCAAGGACAAUGGCGAUCCUCCGCGGUCUGCCAGUGUCACUCUGCAGGUGCUGCUGGUGGAUGGCUUCUCUCAACCUUACCUGCCUCUGCCUGAGGUGGCGCGCGACCCUGCCCAAGAUGAGGAUGCGCUCACGCUGUACCUGGUCAUUGCCUUGGCAUCUGUGUCUUCGCUCUUCCUCUUGUCUGUGCUGCUGUUUGUGGGGGUGAGGCUAUGCAGGAGGGCCAGGGCGUCCACUCUGGGUGGCUGCUCUGUGCCUGAUGGCCAUUUUCCUGGUCACCUGGUGGAUGUCAGCGGGGCAGGGACCCUGUCCCAGAGCUACCAGUAUGAGGUAUGUCUGAUGGGCGAUUCUUCUGGGACCAGCGAUUUUAAAUUAUUACAGCCAGUUCUUCCUAGCUCCUUGGCCCAGUCCUCUGGGAAAGAAAUGGUGGAAAAUUCUACCCUCCAGAAUAGUUUUGGAUUUAAUCAUUAUUAGAAAACUACUUAGUAGAUAUUUACUUCCUAAUAUUGUCUUGUUGGUUAGCUAUAUUUUGUAUACCUGUUACUAACAAUUUUAAUUUUCACUUUACUCAUUGGUUUUCAGGUUUAUGCUUAAUGUCAUGGUUUUACUCUCAUCUAUCGCACAGAAUUUCUUCAUGGGAUCCCAGUAAAUGAGAAGGCUUUGUCUGCACAGUUAAACUGAUUGUUAAAAUUGUUUCUACCACUUUGGUUUUGUUGGCUUCAUUAGUUCUGCACACUUCAUGCCAGGGUUCUGUUCCUAGACUUCUUGAAUUCUUAGAAUAUUAUGCUGCUUGUUGUGUUCAUAUAUACUAGGUAUUUCUGCAUUUCCUUUCUAUACUGGAAGUCUUGUUUUUUAGUCCUUGGUUCUCAUUAUAUAAAAUAGUUGUUUUCUACUAUGCUAGUAUAUUAAAGUUCUAUUUUUCUUUGUUUAUAUAUCUUGAUUUAAGAUCUAUUUAUGUCAAAGUAAUAGAAGCAUGUAGUCAAUCUGAAAACAAAAGUAUCAUAAGAUAGUGAGUUUGUGUUGAUUGACUUUAUUUGUGGGCGUGAAGGCAAAUGUUGGCAUUAUAAAGCAUCAAAUAAGAGCAUUUAAUAAUUUGUCUUAUUACUAUACAUUACUAUAAAUUACUAAAUAAUUUGUCUUAAUUCUGCAUGGAAACCUUAGAGAUAGACAUUGAGUUUUCAAUGGCUUACAAUCCAGUUGCAUUCUUUUGAAUAAACAGUGUAUUAUAUCACCAA